AUGGAUAACAAGACCGUCAAAGACACAAUGCCUCUCCGCAUCAUCACCCUUAACAUCAGAUACGCUGUCAAGAGAACGCUUCUCCCCAAUGAGGAGCCCUGGGAUGCGAACACUUUCGUUUGCAUCCAAGAAGCCCAGUACCAGCAACUCCUCGACCUGCACUCUGAGCUAGGUUCGCGAUGGAGUUACAUCGGCCGCGGACGAGCCGACGGGGAGGUUGACGGAGAGUUCUCGCCCAUAUUCUAUCGAACCGACCACUGGGAUUUGGAAAAGACUCAGACGUAUUGGCUCAGCCCUACUCCAGAGGUCCCCUCCAGCGCCUGGGGCGCAACCAUAAACCGUAUAGUCACCAUCGGACUUUUCCGCCACAGGGUCUCUUCUACAAAGGUUGUCGUGAUGAGCACCCACCUCGACCAUCGCAGCGCCGAGGCACGCUCAGAAAGCGCAAAGCUACUACUAAGACUUGCGAGACAGUGGCAGACCGAGGCUUCCACCGACGACCAAGCUGCCGUUCCUGUGUUCCUCGGAGGAGACUUCAACAGCGGGCCAGCCGAAGAGCCACACAGAUUAUUAACGGGGGAACGUGACGGCAUGUCAGAUUUGAAGAACCUCGUUCCCAAGUCCCAUCGCUAUGGAAAUACUAUUACGUAUACUACGUUUGGGGAGGCAGAGCCCACGAUCAUUGACCACCUGUUCGUCUUGAAUCCAACAGGGAUUGAGUUUCACAACUUUGGUGUGCUGUCCAAUCGUUUUGACGAUGGGGUCUACUACUCGGAUCAUCGACCAGUACUAGCGGAUAUGGAGAUUCCCGUCUGUCAAAAGACUUGA